AUGACUUCUACUUUGUUUGAUUAUGAUGAUAAUGAUGGCAUCGCUUUGGCUAACUAUGAAUCAGAUUCAUCAUCUAAAACUUCUAAAAGAGCUAAUUUCACCACCAAUGAAACUCAAAAUUUCGUUGAAUUAUGUGAAUUAACUCGAAAUAUUGAUGAAAUCACCAAUAAUGUUUCAACCAUUAAACAAAACAUCAAGGAUUUAAAAGUCGAAACUAUUCCUACUCUUAAUUCUGAUCAACUUCCCAAAUGCAAACACUGUAAAGAAUUUAAUAAUUGUUUUGAAGCUACUAUUAUAAUUAUUAUAUUAGUUGACAACGAAUCGUUCACCUUAGAUGAAUGUGCUUCAGAUUCAUCACCAAAUGUUAUUAAAAGAAUAAUAACGGUGGAUCAAACUACUCAUGAUUCACAGGCUUUAUCCGAAUUAACUCGAAAUAUUGAAGGAAUCACCAAUACCGUUUCAAAUAUUAAACAAAAGAUUAAGGAUCCAAAACUUUGUAAUACUACAUUCAAUUCAGAUCAUCUUCCUAAAUAUAACUUUGAAACAAUGUUUGGAUUUGAAUUUUCUUAUAGACCAGUAUCAUCAGAAACAUCACCCCCUGAACCACAACCAAUAGUUGAGACAGAAACCAUUGAUGGUGAAAACACUUCAAUCAUCAAUAUUUCAAAUCUUAAUCAAAGUCUUUACAAAAUCAAUAAUGAACUUGAUUUAAUCAAAUAUAAGCUUAAUAAUCCUCCAAAGAAAGUUUCAACAUGGAGAUACAUUACUUUUGAAAAUAGUUUUAAUGGAUUUACUAUUGGUUCAUUGAUUUCAUUAGCAUUUGUUUUACUUGUUAGUUAUCAUCUUUGGAUUGUGUUGGUUAGAGUAUGGUAUGCAUAG